AUGAAGACCCUUUCCCCUCAACCAUUAGAUCUCUCCCAAAAUAGACUUUCUGCAAUCAUGUCUUCAAAUUCAAACCUCGUUGACCUAGCAAAUAAUCAAAAACAUGCCCCGAUCCAUAAGUCCGGCUUUCGGGUAGAUACUGCUCCUGUUGACCCUCUUUUCGGUCUCAUGGCUCGUCAUAAGGCUGAUCCCUUUCCUAAUAAAGUUGAUCUCGGUGUUGGUGCAUACAGAGAUAACAAUGGAAAACCUUGGAUUCUUCCUUCUGUUAGAAAAGCCGAUGCUCUAAUUUCUUCCGACCCAACCCUAAACCAUGAAUACCUCCCCAUUGCGGGUCUUCCCGACUUUACAGCUGGCGCUGCCCGUUUAAUUCUCGGCUCAACCUCCCCAGCAAUUGCCCAGAAGCGUGUGGCAUCUGUCCAGACUAUUUCAGGCACUGGCGCAAACCACCUCGCAGGCCUCUUUCUCGCCCGAUUCCCGCCCCUCGGCUUUAACCCAUCGAAUGACUCUAAUGGCGUCAUUUAUGUCUCUAACCCAACAUGGGCAAACCACUUUAGCAUCUUUAAAAAUGUUGGCCUUACCGUCAAGACUUACCCAUACUUUAAGGCUGAUACCCUCUCGCUAGACUUUGAAGGCCUCAUUGAAACUCUAUCAAAUGCCUCUCCAGGUGAAGUGGUCCUGCUCCAUGCUUGCGCACAUAAUCCUACUGGUAUUGACCCCUCUCAUGAACAAUGGUCAAAGAUUGCGGACGUUAUCAUUGAACGCCGACUUUUCCCCCUCUUUGAUUGCGCCUACCAAGGUUUUGCUUCAGGUGACUUGGAUAAGGAUGCCUGGGCCGUCCGCCACUUUGUCGAUCGUGGCAUUGAGCUCCUUGUUUGCCAGUCCUUUGCUAAGAACUUUGGCCUCUAUGGCGAACGUGUUGGUGCUCUCCACCUUAUUACUGCUGACGAAGACACCCGCUCGGCCGUUCACUCCCAGCUGAGUCUUCUUCAGCGCUCGGAAAUUUCAAAUCCUCCUGCCUAUGGUGCCCGCAUUGCCUCACGCAUUCUCAAUAACCCUGAUUUGUUUGCCGAGUGGCAAUCAGACUUGACUACAAUGUCGUCUCGUAUCAUUAAAAUGCGCAAUGCUCUUCGUCAGGAACUUAUUCGUCUCGGCACACCAGGCUGCUGGGAUCACAUUGUCACUCAGAUUGGCAUGUUUUCAUUUACAGGUCUAUCGCCAGCACAGGUUGACCGGUUGGUUGAUGAGUUUCACGUUUAUCUUACCCGCAAUGGCCGGAUAUCCAUGGCGGGUCUUAAUGAUCAUAAUGUGGCUUAUGUUGCUAAGGCCAUUGAUGCUGUGGUUCGCGGUUAA